UGUCGAAGUGGCAGGGGGCGCGCGGGUCCGGCGGUUCACACAAAACCCUACUCAGGGGUCUGCGUCGCCUCGGCGUAGGAGGAAUGCGCCGAUCACAUAGGCUACGAGUGUAACACCUCUCAGACAAUCAUCGCGAGCCUGACCUCUUUGUGACAUGUUGUCCAACCUUCGCUCCCUCCUGCCCCCUCCCGGCCUCGCUUUGGAUGCCAUGGCGGCCCACUCGUCCUGUUGGGAGAGCGCCCUGUCGUAAGCAGUGACGAUUUUACCUGUCAGUUGACCUACUUUAGUGUAACCUACCACGGAACCUGUCUUUAUCAAGGUGUCUUUUGAUGGGCUGGAACUUUGGUGCGCAUUCUGAUUCUGCAGGAGACCGUCGGAGGAAGAGGAGUAUGUGUUGUUCUUAUGUUUGGAUAUUGCGAAAGUGAUAGAGUUUGGCUGACUGCGGCAUUUUCUACUCCGUCCGGUGGAAACUUCUUUCAAACGUGUACACUGUCGUUCCUCCUUUUUCUUUUUUAGUUUUGUUUUAGAUUAUUUUUUCUCCGUAAAAGAAAGGAGAGAAAGCUGGCGCUACCUGACGGUGUCAGUGCCACUCAUUAGCAUUCAGGCGCGAUGUGCGACAACAAGGAGAGUUGAGAACUGGUCUAACUAGCGGGAGACAACAUCGUGACACCUGAUACUUCGUCGUCGAGGGCUCUCUUUCUCCCUUCCUGCAUUAACCCCACCCCCACUCCCCUCGAGCGAAGGACCGACACUGGCGUCGCCCUCUCCAGCCGCAUUCUCGUCGUCGUCGAGCCACGUCGUAUCAUUGUCAGAGAACAGCUGCACACUGAGGACACCCUUUUCCCUCCCAACAUCUCCCACCCGCGGGCGAUGGGCCUGAGACGCGGCGAGAUCCUGUCACCGCCUCGGUGAAGAUUGGAAAACUUGUUUUUGUUUUAAUGGAUCGUUACACAGCUCCUCGCCUUCACCUCCACACUGCUGGCUAGUCUACGAUGGUACUGCAGGAUGGGGUGUUCUUGUUUGUCGAAAGAGAGUGUGAAGGAGUUGGAUGAAGAGAAGGUAGAAGACCGGCCAAAUGCACUUAGCUCAGGAGGGUCUAUUACUACAGCUCCCACCAACACUACAGCCUGCACCACCACCAAACAGGCAGAUGUCUCUUCUAGUGUCACUACUCCAACCACAACCAGCACAAGUGCAGGCAUGAAAAACAAAGAGCCUGCUUCUGCAGCUGAUGGAACAGUGAUAGUUGCUGGUAACGUGGCGCCAUUGGUCACAACACAGGCAGAAAUCACGUCUCUCAACAGUACUACGACAGGUACAGUUUCAUCUACACAUGUGCGUCCCAUCAUUGUGGCUCCUGCCCCAGUGUUGCAAAGUCCCUCUCAGCCAGAAUACUUGCCCAUUCCCAAGCCACCCACGCCUCAGCCUUCUCCCCCACCUCCUUUUGUGAUGAAGGAAGAGAAUCUUCCCAGACCUGUGGCAGCUUCAACGGAAGUGCAGCGCCGAGGAGUUUCUAUCAGUUCCAGCAGUGAUGAGCUGAAUGUCUCCUUUACAGAAGUUCAGCGCCGGCAAGUUACUAUUUCUGAGACACCACCAGUAAUAAUGCCAAUGCCAAUCCUUAACCAGGCAGAAGAGGAAGAUGAUGAUGAUGAUGACAAUCCAGAGGAUGAUGAACUAGCUCGCAUUCUGCUAGCAGAGGAGGGCGGAACUUACCCUUAUGAGGCCAUACCUGCCAGUGAGCCUGACCUGACCCGCAAGCCUAACAAAAGCGCUUUGAAGACCAAGAGCACCCCAUCAGGCUCCUAUUCCUCCCACCAUUUCCCCCCACCUCCCCCUCCCUUCCCAGGGACCGCCAUGCUGUCCAGUCUCUCUCGCCCGCUCGAAACCUCCCACUCCCCGACUCCUGCAUCAGACUUGUCCUUUAAUAUCUCCAUGAACCGUUCUGCUUCCCCAAACCUUGCACCUGGCUCCAACAGGGGGUUGAUUAUUCCACGGCCACAUGUGCAGUUUCCAAUGAUGGGAGGAGAAAGUGACAAAGAAAACUUGCCGCCGCCGCCACCACCACCCCCACCUGUUCUGCCUCCAUAUCCUCAUGUAGACUACAACAAUGUGCCAAGCGACGACUCUGAUUCAGAUGGAGAAAUUCAGUACAAAGACGAUGAUGAAGAAAGUUCACUGGCAUCAAAAGUGGCAAGGCAGGACAGUUUAGCAAGGUUCCUAAGCAACCGGCCUACACAGCGGGACCUUGUUGACAAGAACAUCAUUCCUUCACACUCAGAGCAAGAAAAGGCCGACCUUCGUGAACAGAUUGGUUCAAAGCUCACUAGACGGUUAAGUUUGAGGCCAACUGCAGAAGAACUAGAAAACAGAAAUAUUUUGCACAUACAAACAACAGAGGAGUACCUAAGAGAGAAAGAGGCAAAGCAGCGAUACCUUAUCAGAAAGUUAAGCUUCCGGCCAAGCGUGGAGGAGCUGAAGGAGAGGAAGAUCAUUAAAUUCAAUGACUAUGUAGAGGUGACCAAUGCCCAUGAGUAUGAUCGGCGUGCUGAGAAACCUUGGACAAAACUCACACCAAAAGACAAGGCCAUCAUUCGGAAGGAGCUGAAUGAGUUCAAGAGCAAAGAGAUGGAUGUCCAUGAAGAGAGCAGGCACCUCACUAGGUUUCACCGACCCUGAGACUGUCAAAUGCAUAAGAGCAAAGGGAAGUGACUUUGAUCAGUGCAUGCAUCUGUUAAGGAGGCGUGGCUUGACAAGUCACUUUCUGGCUGAGCAUGUCGGAUCUGUGAGACACUGCAUUGGCCAACGUGUGCUGGAAACAAGCUGGUUAAUGACUGUGAUCAGAAAGAAGAUAGUUUGCCUCGACUUCUUGUUUUUGUUUAUUGUUGUGCAAAGCUUCAAGACAUCAAGAUUCCUUGAUGGGAUUUACAGAAAACAAACAAAACUACUUGUGUGAAAGGAUGUGCAAUUGUGGAGCUCCAGAAUAUACAGAGAUUUGUUUAUUUUAGGCUUCUAUGUUUUUUCUGCUUUCUUAUUUGACUGGAAGACUUACGCGAAUAAUGCUUGGUUCUAGAGUUUGGGAGGGGGGUGUCAUAAACCUGUCAAUUAGACUGUAUUGUUGACCUGACAUAAUCUGCUUGCAUUACCCAUCACAAUAUAGUUUUGUACACAUUGGAUUGCCAGACACUUUUGCAUGGGAGAUAGUCAUUAAAGCAGCACCUUUCCCAGCUUCAUUUUGUUUUCUGCAGUAGCAUAUGAGAUACAGAAUAUCUUUAAGUGGCCCAUUUACUUUUUCUAGCAAUACAUCAUUUUUGAAGGAAUGAGUGAUGCGUAUGGUCUAAUGUUUCAUUCAAUUGUCGCAGCUCUGGGAUGCAUUUUUACCUCCUCUGUGUGAGGCGAAAUGAAUGCUUACAAAAAGGCAGUUGCAGGUAAAAAAGAUGGAGAUACACGCAUGUUUGGUGCUUUUAAAGCCAUCAUUUUAUUCUUGGAGUGUGCUUACAAUGUGGUACGAAUGGCCUUCACAGAGUUAUAGUAUGUGGAUGAGAGAGCUAAACCCUUGAACUGUAACUUGUUUAUUUUCUACAAAACUUUGCACAUACAUUGUUUGAACAUUAUGUACAGUAGUGUGUAGUGAUGAUAAUCUGAAUUCACACAGAGGCCAGAAAUAUAUAGAGGAUAAUUUUGUUUUAGAAUUUUAAAUUGCCUGUUUACUGAGCUUAUUGGUCAUUGAGUGGUUUGUGGAUUUAUUCCUUUAACAUUAAAGUAGUUAUUUUCAGAGGAAGGGGUCAGGAUUCUCCUUUCUUAAAGAUGAAAUGUUUGAUAGCUGUUUUUCAUGUCUUUGUUACCAGCAUUAUGUUUGGCUUUGUUGAUACUCUACAAUAUAACAAUAACAGAUAUGACUCUCUACAAGGACAUUUUAUUGUGUCAUGCCAGGGAAAAUACAAAACCUUUAAUAUCUGAGCACCACCAGUGUAGUAAGCACUAAACUGUUUUUACUUACUCUCCUUAUCAAGCAUGAACUUUUGCUCCUGUGUUAGUGCAAAAAGGAGAGAAGUGGAACAAAGUAAAUGCCAGAACAUGUGUAGCAUGCAUGGAGCAAGUAACUGCUUCGGAACAAAUGGAUUUAAAAAAAAAUCUGUUGUCAGACCUGUCCAAAGAAGGAAUAAAAACUCAUUAUUUUGUGAUUUUUUUGUGCAUCUCAUGACAUUAACACAGUCUCUGAAUCUACAUUCUGUGCUUCACAGUCACUAUGAAAUGAGUGUCAUUUAAAUUGAUUUUUGUGUAAUUUUAUUCUCUGGUACAUCUAAAGAAGCAAAUUGCCUUUUUUGAUUAGACUUUUGGUGUCUUCACAUCUCAACUUUUUCCUUGUCAUGGAAUAGUUUUAUUGGCCUAGAUCCCAAUAAUUCAUGUGGUAGCCUUGCAUCAAAUUUUUAGGAAUUAAAGAUGUUUUACGAGUUAUCUGUUGCAAUUUUUUUUUAAAGUGAAGGCAUGCCAAGUUUAAAUAGCUUAUGUUGGCUUAGAGAUAUGAUUAAGGAGAAAUAUGUGCUAGUUUUCUGGAAAUAUUUCAUUUUUGAUAUGAGUGUUGGAUGUAUCCCCAAACCAUUUGAAAUAUUUAAUUUUUCUGAAGGUGAUAAUGUCUGGCAGUUUUUUAAGACUACCUUCUUCUUUCAUCGCUUUCAGAUGACAUUCUUAAAUUUUCUUUUCCUCUCCACUUUACAACUUAAGCCUCAUGAUCCUUGUCUUGUACUUCAUUAUGUUUAGGCUUUGUGUGGCAGUGAGCGUGCGGCUGACUGUGACAAAAAGCAAGAAUUACAGGAGCCAAAUAGUGUUUUAUAAACAAAUCAUUGACAGAAAUUUACCAAAUCACAUCAAACACAGAACACAUCUCAUUUUUAAUGUUAAUUCUGUCUACAAGAUAGCAUAGACCUAAGUAGUUUGACGACCUUUACAAUUUCUUCCAUGGCUGCAUUUUUUUAAUGCCAUAAUUGCCUGUGUCAAUUCAGCAUUGUAAUUGUACUGCCAUUGUGCAAACUGGUCAGCCCACUAAAUGUAGAAUUUUCAGCCAACAGAAGGUUGUUGUACCUUACUUGGGAUGUAAUGGAUUAAAUACGUGAAGGUACUGUGUUGUACAUAAUGCUUCCGCCACAAAUUGUGUUACACCACCAAUAUUACAAGUUUGUUCAAUACUGUAGCACACACUGCAAGUUUAAUCUAGUUGGCACCAACUUGAUAAAGAAAAAGUUUUGUUGGCCUUGUAUAUAUGAUAAUCAUGUGCAUGAAGGGAGCAUCAAAUUGAGUAUUUUUCUGCAGCUGUAGGACGACGGAAAAAUAUGCAGUACAGAAAUCUUGAGAUUGCAGCUCUAUUUUAUUAUAAAAAAAAAGGAUAAGAAUUUUUGUAGCUUCAUUUUCUUUUUUAGAUCACGAGUUUGUAUUGUUUGAUAGCUUUGUUCUCAUUACAUUCCACUUUGCUUAACAAAAAUUUGUAAAAUGCCUGUAAAAUUGUAAACAUGUGUGUGCAUACAGAUAAAUGCAUAGUCCCUGAAGUGCAUUCUGUCAGGCAGCACCUCAUGCAUGUCACAGGGAAAACACGCAAAAAUGCUUCUUUGUUGCAAGGAUGGCUUUCAGAACUUGUUUCCAAAACUUGCAGGCAAGCAUUUCAGGGGAGGCAAAUGUUUCUUCAUUGCUGUGAAUACUUGUCCUACCUCCACCCUUCCCUUAUCUCUUUACAAAAGAAAAAAAAAGCAAACUGGGUGUGUAUAUUUUGUCCAUCUGUAUAAUUGGUUACAAGAGUGUCAUAGCACAUUUUGGUUGCAGGAUUAUGUGCAGAGUUUAGUUCUGAGUGUUGAUGCUAAGCUGUUAUAUGUGUUGAUAAUGCUUGUUGAUUUAACAUGUUACCCCUGGUACAAGCAAUUGAUAUUUGUUGAUCUUAAGAGUAAAGAGAGUUUUAUUCAUCUGGAUUGCAAAAUGGUGAUCCCCUUUCUUAAAAAAAAAUAAUAAUGCUGAAACAAACAGGAAUGAAGAAUGGUAUGCAUUGUAUGAGAAAGGAGAGUAGGAAAGUCUAAAGACCAAGUAAUUAGCAGCAUAAGACUGCUCAUAUCCGGCUAUUUUAUUUGUGUGUGUGUACCUUUAUGUGUCAAAGUGUGCAACUAUGUAUAUGCACAUGUAUGUGGACAGUCACCAACUUCCAUUUUCUUGUAAACAAAUAUAGCACACAUACCUUGACUGUGAACAAGCGUUGAAAUGACCUUGAAACAUUUAGAGCAUCUGUGUGAUGCAUGUCACAAACUAAUUAAAUGUCUUAUACAAGUAGAA